UACCUUCGUGAUAGUAAACGUGAAUAUGGGAAGAACAUUCUGAAGAGAAUCUGAGCACGCGAACAUAUCGUUCUGAACGGCGGUGCUUAUCAGUUCUUACAUAGGUAACGCUAAUUGUUUCUUGAUCUACAUACAGAUAUGAAAUAUUAAAGACGCGUUCGUUAGAAAUCUCUGGAAUAAGUGGUUUUAAAGAAAGUGAUGAGGAUUUUAAUAAAACAUAGCAUGUUAGAAUAUUUAAUCAGUGGAAACAAGUAAUAGACGAAAGCCAAUUGUUUACAAGAAAUCAAUUUUAUUCAUUGACUUUAAUACAAGACUUGCCAUGAAACAACUGAGUGUGACAAGUAGCUAACAUGUCUUCAUUACCAUAUUAGAAUAAUGACGAAGAAGGAAAAACGCAAGAAACUUCAACCAGAAAAGACAGACCUAGAAGUGAAGGAUGUUGAAAAAGAAACACCCAAAACGGAAGGAAAAAGUAAGAGUAGGAGUCGAUCACGAGGAAGGCGUUCAUUGUCGGCUAUUUUCCGCAAGUCUAGUUCAAGAACAGAAAGUAACGAUAGGUCUAAUCUUCUUAUAAAUGAGGAAGCGGGCCAGGAAUCUGCAUCUGAUAUAAAUCCACGGAUUAAUCCAAGGGAUUAUUUAAAAAGAAUGACAGUUCGUGAAGCAUUAGUAUAUGACCGCCAUCGAGGAAGAUCCCCGAGUCGUAGAACUAGAAAGUUAGAAAAGAAAAUUUUACAUAAUGAGGCCCGAUUAUCAAAUGACAAUCUCUCUGUGUCUCUUCCACAUCUUGAUCAUUUAUCUGAGGACCAAUCGCAUGAACCAGCAGCAUCAUUUGUGUCUUAUGAUGCCAGAGGCGGGUCAACUCUUCCGCGUAUUAAGAAAAGACGUGGCCAUUCAGAUGGUAGGGAUGCUCAACAAAGUGAUUUUCAAAGCUCAAACAUUUCCAAUAUAAGUAAACCUGUUCAAAUUCUCCCUUUAGAUAAACGAAAAUACCUUAUUAACAAAGAUAUAUAUAUUGAUGAAACAAAUAUUCCUCAAAACAUUAAUCUUGGUGUAACAAACGAUACGCAUUCCAAUAAAAACGAUAAUCGAAUUCCCGAUGAAUUAUCCGAAAAUGAAAAAAGAAGACUGGAAACGCAUAAUAUGUUUUUAUCUCUUCGGGAUAACAAAUCAGCACAUACACAUUCACAUUUAGCCUUAGAACAAGUCAGUGAUGAUUUCAUAGAUGGGAAACCGGAUACAACGGCAUUGACUAUAUUGCACACUACUUCUGCAAAUUCAAAUGUUGAAAUGUCGGACAAAUUAAACAAAAAAAGAACAGUAGAAAGUUGUCAGGUUGAUAACAAUCAUACUUACCAGAAUGACAUUUCACGCGAGUGUGGUUCGCCCAAAAACGUUAAUGCGGAUUGUGCGGAUAUUGAAGCACCUGUUUUUGAAACACAAGCAAAUAAGACUGAAAAGAAAAGACGGUCAUCAUAUAUUUCACCACGACGAUUCAGCAGAACAUCAAGAGCAAGUGUGACUUCAAACAUAUCCGACUCGAGUAAUCGCUCAUUACCCGCUGAUUAUAAGCCACAAUAUUCAACUGAACCCCAAAAGGCGCAAGUAAAAUACCAAAGACAUUUUAGCAAAGAAAAUAAAAAAGAUAAACAAAUUAUUGAAGAUAGAAAUGAAAAGCAAAAUCAUCAUCAGCAAAUGAUAGAUGCAAGCACAAGUAUGGAUAGGCUUUCUUUAUUUGCUGAGACAGAUAACCAUCAAAACCACAAUAUAAAAUUAAAGAAAAUAGUGCCUGACGUGAUUUAUGAACCAGAAGAUACCACGAUUGAAGCCCAAAUAGAUAAAAAUAUGUGCCAAAGUUUGGCACACGAGAAUGAAAUACUGAAAAAUAAUAGCUCCGCUUUAGAAUGUAUUGAAGAUAAAUGUGAAAAUUUGAAUAAAGUGCAGUCACUUCAGCGUGAAAUAAUUGUAAUCGACACAAAUGUCGAACAAAAUAUUCAAACCCAUGACCAUGAAAGUGCAUUUAGACCUAUUAGAUCUGACACUGACUUAUAUGUACAGGAUACAACAAACAGCGAUAGUAACAAAGGUAAUAAAUGUCAUCAUAUUGGAUUUGAUAUAGGCGAAAUUGAGGUAUUAUCAUCCGAUAUUGUAAUUGAAAAUGAAAAACAUGUUGACAGUAGCUUCAUAAUAAAUCAUAAAGCAAAGAAAGACGUCAAGAAAUCAAAAGAUGAAUCAGAGGAUAUAAAGAAAGUUACGGAGAAGGAUACUGAGAAAACUGAGAAAGACUCCAGAAAGUCUUGGUCAGGUAAAAGUAAAAAGGAAAAAAGAAAAUCUAAAAAGAAAUUAGAAAAGGAAAAACAUAGGAAAGAAAGCGGGAGUAGCAGCAAAACAAUUGAAUGUGUGGAAAAUGAAAACGUUCCAACACAUGGAGAUUUAGAUAAAACGAUUAAAGAUGACGGGAAAUCAAAAUGUUCUAAAAGUAAAAAAAGAAAAAGUAUUCUCAAAAGACGUUCAAAAGAAAACAAAUCUUUAAAAGAUAGUAUUAAACCCAUUACUCGGACAGCAUCAUUAAGUCAGUUUGUUGACGAGUGUGAAGGAAAGGAAAGACGGAAAAGCGUUUCAAUAUGUGAAAAACGAUCUAGAUCCAUGGAUGAUUUAACUAAAGGCAUAGAAAUUUUAGAUAAAGACAAGGCAAUUGUUAAACAUAAUGUUUCAAAGAAAACUGAUAAACCCGCUGAAACCAAAUGCAGCAAUAACACCGACUUAAAAGACGUUAAACCACCGAGACUUUCUAUAGCUGCAAUAGUUGCAAUUAGAGCUAAAAUAUCUCGUAUGAAAAGAGCAAGACAGGAACAUGCUAGAAACAAUGCGUGCAAUGGUAACAAUGAUUCUGAAUCUAAAGUAGAAGAUAGUACUCCCCACAAUGAUCACCAUGAAUCUAAUGAAAAUACAGAUAUGAGCGUAGCAAAAGUGUUUUAUGAAAAUGAGAUUAAUACAAGUCUUGGUAAAUCAGACAAUUCUAUUUCUCUCAUCGAAGAUGCUGACAAAGAAGUUAAAGAUCUUGUUUAUGAUAAGAGGAUUAGUUUUUCACCAUACUGUGAUGAUACAAUAUCUGAGGAGGAGAUGAUAAAACAACGUCAAAGAAAUACAAGGUUAACUUCUAGACGCGAAAGUAAGGUCAGACAGCGUCAAAAGAAAGUAAUAAAUUGUUGUAAGAAAGGCAUUGCCUUCCUUUUUUCACAUAUAGGAUUAUGCUCUCUGGUUGUCGGUUACUGUAUUUUAGGAGGAAUCAUUUUUAAGGCAUUAGAAGGAGAUAACGAAAUUGAACAAAAGAAAGAAAUAAAGGAGUUAAGACAAAAUUUUACAGAAAAAAUCUAUAGGCUUGCCUUUGAGCAAACAUUGACUAAAGGUAAUCGAGACAUCUUUAUGAAUGAAGUUAACUUGAUAUUAAAGAACUUUUCAGUGAUGAUACACAAACAAACAAAAGAAGCAGGAUGGGACGGUAAGGAGGUUAAAAUGACGAUGAAUACUGACGGCGAAGAAUCAAUGGAGCCUGAACCCGAGCAAUGGUCAUAUCCUAGUUCCCUUUUAUACGCCAUAACUGUUAUGACCACGAUAGGGUACGGUCAUGUGGCUCCAAAGACAGAUGAAGGUCGAAUAAUGACAAUAGCAUAUGCAGUAUUAGGAAUCCCGUUAACACUGUUGUGCCUUACUAACAUUGGUGACCUCAUGGCACAUGGAUUUAGAUCGCUUUACGGCAAAGUGUGUUGUGGUCUGUGUUGCAUAUUAUUCCGCCCUCGAAGACGACGCCGAAUGGAUCCUGAGAAAGGACUUUCCGGGGCUGAAGAGCGCAUGAUAAUGCAAGAAAAUGAAAAAUCAGGGGAAGUAGUUCAUGUACCUACCUCCGUGUGUUUAUUACUUAUGUCUUCAUACAUCAUGCUAGGAACUUUAUUGUUUGCGGAGUGGGAAAAUUGGGAUAUGGUAACAGGGACUUAUUUCUGUUUCAUCACUCUGAGCACUAUUGGUUUUGGAGAUGUCGUACCAGGAAUGAACCAAACAGACUGGGAUCAACAAGAGAAACUAGUGUCAUGUGCCUUAUAUCUUGUGUUUGGCUUAUCAUUAAUUGCGAUGUGUUUCAAUUUAGUGCAAGAAGACGUGAAAGCUAAAUGUAAAUGGCUUGGGAUGAAACUAGGAAUAAUUGAUAAGCCAGUUAGUUCAGUUUGAUACGUGAAUAAUAAAUAAUUUAUUCUCCUUUAAAUCAACAGGAUAUAAAGUAUUAAUUAAGUUCUUAAUUAAUAUGAUUAAUAAUGUUAUAAAAGGAAGACUGUUUGCAUAGUUUACGCAAUUCCAUUGUUAAAUCAUGACGUAUUGUUCUUUGUUAACAUUCUUUUCCCCAAAUUCCUUGGCACAAAAUCGAAAUUCAUAUCUUAUCAAUAACCCAUUAAAACUAGAAUAUAUGAAUAUAGUGAACAAUUAAGAUUUGAAUAUCUUGAAAAUUCGGAUAUUAAAUAGAGGAAUAGAUAUUUAAAAAUACCUGUCUCAGCAUCAAUUCUUUUAUCUUAUGACACCGGAGAUAAAGUUAAACGAAUGCGUUAAACUUAAUUCUUUUAAUGUUUUUGCCUCAUUAUAAGACACGAAUUUCAUUUGGAAUGUCAUCAAGAAAGUAUCACAUUAAGUUUUAUUUUCAACGCUAACUAUAUAUAUAUAUGCCUGACGUACUUGUACAAGUAUCUAGGAAAUAGACGUCUUCGGAACUAAAAUAUCUGAAGGGUUUGGCGAGGUCAAACCUUCAAUUUUAUGAUAAUCAUGUAUUUUAAAUUAAAUCUGAUCCCGAACAUGCAUUAAUUACUUUGAAUAGUAUUACUGAAUAUAUUUUAAUUGCUUUUUUCAAAUGGUAGAUACUUAGAACUCUUUAAACUUUAUUUCGUUAUCAAUUUAGCAUUUUAAUGUUUUCAUCCGUUUUCAUAUUUGAGAUAUGUAAAAUAUUACUUGAGGGUAUAUAAUUUUAUUCGGUAUUUAAUUAUAUAAAUGUGCCCUGUCUAUAAUAAAAUACUCUGUUUACAUUUAACUAAAAGCAGUGGUAGAAACG